AUGCAGACCAAUCGAGUAAGAAAGCUCGCUGAUUUAAUUAAACAGUUUAAUCUCUAUGAAGAAGAUAAAAAACUACCGAAAGCAGAUCAAAUACUUUCAACGAGGAUAUUCACUUGUUUCUUAAUUGUUUCAAUCCUGGUCAUAGUUCUAUUUACAAGUUUUACUGUUCAAACAAAGUUCAUAUCUAUUGAUUCACCAUCGGAGAAAGUUUUCAAGCAACUUUCAAGCAAAUAUUCUCACACACUUUCGUGUUUAUGCCAACAGAACUCAAUUGUUCAAGGCGAAAUUGUUUCGUUUCACCCUGAAUAUCAUCUGAUCUGCUCAAGUCAAUUUGUUAAUCAAACCUUUUUAUUAUCCUUAACAAAUGUUGAUGUCAGUCAAUAUUGGCCUGUCGACUAUCGUUUAAUGGUAUCAUCACACAUUCAGCUUGUUCAAAUAUUUUGUCGAACGACAAAAGAAAAGAUCACCGAUGCCAUACAAGAAUUUGCCUCUCAAUAUUUAAUCACCACUCAAGUCUUAUCUUUUGACAAUUUUCAAAGUCAAAUGACGACACUUGUAAAUCAGUUUCAACAAAACACAAUAAACGCUCAUAAACAUAUCAAUAAUUUCAUUUGGCUCAAUACAUUUUAUAAUAGAAUUUCUUCGGGACUAUGCAGUGAAGCACAUAUGCGAUUAUCAUCGGCUUCUCCCACUAUCCUAACAGCUCGAUAUGGAACUGCAUCGAGUUAUUGUGAUUGUCGAAAAGUUGAUACCUGUACAUACCCAGCUUAUAUUUACAAUGAUACUGGUCGAAUAGGCAGGGAUGGUGGUUUGCUAUACGGUACAACUGAUAAGGAUUCACAUGUUAUGUUUAUUUUACCAAAUAUGGAAGUUGGCUGUUAUCCAUAUAGAUCGCUCUUGAGUUCUACAUUCGAAUGUUUUUAUGAUCAAUCAUGUUUGAGUUCUCUUCAGAAGUAUAUUGCAGGAUUCUCUUUGGUUUCACCAUUGAAGCAAUCUCAGUUUGCACCAGAAACAUUGAUCAAUGAUAUUUUGAAUAAUCUUUUCAUUGAAGCAUGGAAUGAAGUGUAUAAUUUCAGUAAAUAUUAUGAAAUAUGUUCUCCGAAACUGUGUACAUAUUCGUUUGAUCAAUCAUUCAAUUUCUUAUACAUCGCCGUUACCAUAAUUAGUUUAUUUGGUGGACUAAAGAUCAUUUUAUUUGUGUCAGCACCAUUUUUUGUUCGAUUAGUCCAGAAAAUUCAGAAGAACAUUUCUCAUCGAAAACAAACGACACAUACUCAAAGAGAUGGAAAGCCAAAUUUCAAAAACCGUAUUAGAACUCUUCCGCAGCAAAUCCAAACAUACAAUAUGUUUCCAUUGUUCACUGAUAUAAAAGAUGGCAUUUAUUCUACACGUUUGUAUAUUUUAUUUUUAACCCUUGGUUUGAUUAUUCUAUUGUUUUACUCAUCGAUCUCAACACAAGUUCGUCCAAUAUCCAUCAUGAACCCGUCGUGGAAUGUUUUUUCACAACUAUCUCAACAAUAUUCGUCAACAUUGACUUGCCCGUGCUCGCACAUUUCAAUAAAAUAUUCGUCCAUCAUCGAUAUAAGCACAACUCUUCAUCAAGUAUGUUCAAGCGGUUUCAUCAAGGAUGAUGUUUGGCUAUUGUACAAUUCGAAUCUCGUGGGAAUUUUCUUACUGAUUGAUUUUCGUACCAUAGGCAUGGCGUCAUUUCGUAUCCUUCAAAAAUUGUGUCUUUUAUCAAACGAAACAAUCUCCAAUGAAAUCGCUGUUUUUAAUAAUUUGCAGUUUUUCACAAGUCAAGUAUUAGCAGAGGACACAUUCAAUACUCAAAUAGAUUCGAUUAUCAAUCAAUUUAAGCAAAAAACAGUCGCCUCUUUUUAUGAUCUAUACCAAACUGUUCAAACUUCUAUUCAAGUGAAUCAAUUGGCAAAAUCAGGAAGCAUUGAUUCAAAUAUGGCAUUACUACAAUUGAAUGACACCAUACAAAUAUUCUUUCAAGCGAUGCGCGUCUUUAGUAAUCCUAAUUGUUCGUGCGGUAUCGACAGAUUCUGUGAAACCGACACAGGAUUUUACUGUAUAACAGGCGUUUGUUCAGGAAAUGAGAGUGCACUUAAUAAAGUUGUACCUAAUUGGUACACAAGUUGUUCACCCAUUGAUUCGCUGUCCACCUCGUCAUUAACAUGUCUCUACAAUUCAUCGUGCGUUCAAAUGUUAAUCGAUGCGUUUCCAUUGGGAAUGUCUGGAGUAACCAUCGAUCCGCGUGCAGCCAAUGUCACGCCCUUGAAUCCGAUGAUUAACAGUCGGUUUAACACUUCGACAAGAUUAAAUGAAAUCAUUUCGGCAAUGUUCAUCGAAAAAUGGAUCUAUUCGAUUUAUUUCGACAGAUAUUUUGAAGCAUGUGCACCAAGAGAAUGUAUUUAUACCUAUGAAGAACGCUUUAGCAUAUCCUACAUAAUUGCGACUGUAGCAGGAAUUAUCGGUGGACUGUCAGUUGCCCUUAAAAUCUUAGUUCCGUUUUUCGUGAAAUCGAUUCGACGAAUAUUUCGUUAUUGUUGCAUAUCGAGCGAACAGAUUGAAGAAGACUCAAAUAAUGCACGAAGAUUCGCAACUGUUCUCAAUCAGCUUCGAAACAAUGUCCAACAAAUGAAUUUUUAUCGCCAAGGACAGGAAAAUGACGACGACUUGUUGUGUGAACAACAACGUUUUGCAACUCGGAUCUACAGUCUUUUAUUCCUUAUUUCAUUUCAUAUAAUCAUACUCUUUCUUAAUUUAAACACUCACAUCAAUACAAUCACAGUUUCUUCACCAAGUUUAUCCACAUUCAACGAACUACAAAGCAAACAUGCAUCAACACUAACAUGUUCAUGUUCAAACAUUGCAAUACCGUAUUCAAAAUUCGUUUCUAUUCAACCCGAGACGUAUCAUCAGAUUUGUUCUACUGAUUUUGUAUCUUCGGCCUUUAUUACAUCAGUGUGGGGUUUAGAGGACGUAGCAGAAUAUACACUUAACUAUGAUAGAAAAGUUCUCAGUGGUUUAUUUCAUGUUCUAUCAUCAUUUUGUGCAUUGACAAGAAGUACGAUCGAACUAAAUGUUCAAACAUUCUCCACAAAAAAUCUGAUUACUCUGCAAAUACUAACGCAUUAUUCGUUUCAAAUCCAAGUUGAUUCAAUUAUUAACAAUUUCAUCGUUCAAACACUAGCUCAAUUUCAAUGGAUGCAUCAUUACAUAAUUGACAUGUUCCAUGCAAAUCAAUUACAACAUAGAUUUGGUUUGAAUUGGGCAUCUUUUGCAUCGAAUGCACAAAUGAACUAUGUCAUACGAACAUUUCCAAUAUGGUUUAACGAAAGCGGGGAAUCAUGUUUGUGUACAAUAUCGCCAUCUCGAUGUUUUAGAACGAUACUCACAAGUUUUAAUCAAACAAUACGUCUACCAGGUAUCGUUUUUGGUUGUUUACCGAUUGAUGGUCUUCGUCAGUCAACACUUGAGUGCUUGUACAAUUCCACGUGUUUACAACUACUAGCUGAUUUUCUAAAUAUGACUAAUAUUCCAAAUGCUCUUAAUCGCUCUGUUUCAAGUCGCUUUUAUCCGAUAUCGACUACGACAAUCGGUGAAUUAAUCGAUGAAUUCUUUAUCGAAACGUGGCAGAAUUCUAGUAAUUAUUCGGAGUACUAUUCGUCUUGUUCGCCAUCUUCAUGUGAAUACAGUUAUGCAGUGAGAAGUAGUGCUUUAUAUAUACUAACAACAUUUCUCGGUUUAUAUGGCGGAUUAACUGUUGGAUUGAAGUUCAUCGUUUGGUAUAGCUUGGAUAUUUAUUGGAAAACUCAGCAAUACAUUGGUAGUCGCCGUCGUAGAACUCGAGUAGUACCGGUGAAUCUAAAUUGA